GAAAUCCAGUAGAGGAGACUUCGUAUUUUCUGCUGAUCGUCUGAUCAGACUUGUGGUUGAAGAGGGACUGAAUCAGCUGCCGUACACAGAAUGCACCGUGACCACUCCAACAGGACACAAGUACGAAGGAGUCCGAUUUGAAAAGGGAAACUGCGGCGUCAGCAUCAUGAGAAGCGGAGAGGCAAUGGAACAAGGUUUACGAGACUGCUGUAGGUCAAUCCGCAUCGGAAAAAUCCUGAUACAGAGCGACGAGGAGACCCAGAGGGCGAAGGUGUACUACGCGAAGUUUCCACCCGACAUCUACAGGAGAAAAGUUCUGCUGAUGUACCCAAUACUAAGUACUGGUAACACUGUCAUUGAGGCUGUCAAAGUUCUCGUGGAACACGGCGUGCAACCAAGUGUCAUUAUCCUGCUCAGCCUAUUCUCCACACCUCACGGUGCCAAAUCUAUCAUCCAGGAAUUCCCAGAGAUCACGAUUCUGACUACAGAGGUUCAUCCUGUUGCACCGACACACUUUGGACAGAAGUAUUUUGGAACCGACUGACACACUUGGAGCAAACGGAUGUGACUGUAUUACAUUACAAAAGGUUUUUUCUACGUUUUAUUAUUGUUGAGUUGGUUGAGGGCAUGUUUAAAAUUGUUUUGGGCAAAGGGGGAAAUACUUGAC